CAAAGGUCAAAAAAUCAAAAGCAUCGAAUACUUUAUGCUUGUGAUAGUACAGUAGUUCUAACCCUAUAUAUAUUUAUUUAUAUAUUGUUUCCCAUGUAGACUUUGGCGAGGUCGUCGUCGUCGUCGUCGUCGUCGUUAAUCGCCACGAUCCACUCUCCCCAUCUCUCCUCUUUUUCUCCAUAAACCACACAACUCCUCCUCCGUUGUUGUUGUUGUUGUUGUUGUUAUAGUAGUCGUAGUAGUACAAGUAAACAGCAACAGCAAGAGCAAGAGCAUCAACGGGGUGGAUCGAUCGGUGGGCAAUAUGGGCGACGCGGGCGAGGAGGCGAUCGCGCUGCAGGCGGCGCGGCGCGCCAGGCGAGCGGCGCAGCGCGAGCGGCUGCGGGCGCGGGUGGGCGAUCUGAUCGGCGCGAUCAACCGGCCCCUGGCGGCCGUGAUCCGGGACCAGGCCCUCCGCUAUCUCCCGCCUGCAGCCCUCCUCCGGUUCCGCUCCGUGCACCCGUCCUGGGCCGCCGUCAUCUCGUCCCCCAUCUUCGCCCACUCCCAGGCCGGGUCCCACCUCUCCCGCCCCUCCGGCCUCUUCCUCCUCGACCGCCGCCACGCGUCCUCCUCCCCGCCGCGCUUCCUCCCCUUCGACCCCCGGGCCCACGCCCUGGUGCUGAUAUUCGACCCGUCGCACUACAACUUCCGGUGCGACUACGCGCUGGUGUGCGCGUUCGAGGCGGGGAGGGGGACGGGAGUGUACGGGUUCGAGACGUUCUCGUCGGCGGCGGGGGGGUGGUGGGUGUCCGGCGGGGCGGCGGCGCCGGCGGAGGGGCUGGUGGCGGGGUCCGGCGUGGCGGCGCGCGGCGGAGCGUACUGGAGGACGGCGAUCGGGACGGUGGUGGGCUACGACCCCGCCGCGGACCGGGCUAGGGUUUUCCCCUGCCCCGCCGCGGUGGGUUGGGAGGGGGACGAGUGGUGGGAGCUCGGCGGGGGCGGGGGCGGCGCCGCGCUGCGCUGCGUGGCGGCGACGGAGGAGGCGGCGGUGGCGUACACGCUCGGGGAGGGGGACGAGUGGGCGGAGGUGGGGUCGAUCCCCGUCGGGGCGGCGGCGGGGUCGUUCAGGGAGCGGCCGAGGCCGCUGAGGUCGCACGGGGCGGAGAUGGAGGUGGUGGCGUGGGUGCGGGGGGACGUGGUGGCGGUGGACGUGGCGAGCCGCCGCGCGCGGGUGAUCGCCGCGGCGGGGCCGAGGCCGAGCCCCGGGGAGGCCGAGUACGUGGCGCACAUCAACACCCUCGCCUCGGUGCUCCCCAUGAACCAGCUCGACGAGGAGGAGGAUUCCCCCUUGAUAAAGGAGGAGGAGGAGGAAGAAGACGAAGGGAAAUCAGGACAAGCCACAGCACAUGCUCACUGAAGCUUCAGGAUCAAGUAGUGAGCCAGCCUGGUUAAUAAGUACAACCCAGUGAACUUGGUAGACAACUUUUUGAAAGGUUCCUUUUUUCGGUCAAAUUUUGCAUAAAAACCUGACAGAGUGAUGAUCAAAGCUGUGAUCUUCUAGUUGUUUUGAACAUAAUCCAGUGUGGAUAUUAGUGGACUCAGUUUAGGGCUAUGCAGUGACCAGCUAAUAUUUUUGCACAAUAAAGAUUUUAGAUGUAAAUAAACGAUGGCUUUGUGGUUCCGAUUGAUUAGUCAAAUAAAAAAGCUAGAUGGAGUAAGAACUGGCCUGCAUCAUUAUCAUAGUUAACUGGUGCUAGAAGGCAAGGAAUUUUUUUUUUUAAUAUAUAUAUUUUCUACUGU